AUGUCGAGCACUCGUGGUAGGAAGAGAAAUGAGGCGCUCCCGCCAAGUAGGGCUCGGGAUAUUCAACGUGCGUUUCGUGCUCGCCGAGCAGCUCAUUUACAAGCCCUUGAACAACGGGUAGAGGAACUGGAGGAGGAGAACAAGACUCUCAGAGCGGCGCUGAACCUCCCCCCAGCGAAUCGCCCCACACUUGGCAAAGGACCCACCGGCAAGGACAAACCGAAACAUUCUUCCUCACUUUCGGCCUCUCCUCCCCUCGCAUCGUCAUCUCACUCUCAACAAGAUUCUCUUCCCAUUCCUCAGUCUCAAUCCCCUGCUGCACAAGUCGAGCCACCAGUUACACAGAUGCACCACCAUCCUCUCGCGUCUCCCAACAUGACCAUGUCCAAUACUCGCUCGAUGCCCCAACCGAUGAUGUCCAACCACGAGCACGCCCAUCAGGGCUAUGGCACUCACCCCGUCUACCAACAACACCCCCCUCGCAACAACGCUCCGUGA